GCAACAAAAUUUGAAUCGAGGCAACUGGACAAGUUUGUUUACAAGAUGAGUCCACUUUCCUCGAUUGGACUUUUUGUGGACCAUGACUUGGAUGACUCAGAAUCUACACGGACAGAUACACUAGUAUAGCUAUGUGGGCUACGGCGCUAACAUUACAUUGACAUUUUAACAGCAACAUCAUGCUAGGUUAGCAUAUUUGCUGAAGAAAAACAGUGAUUAAACUUACAGCUCCGAUCUCUGUUGGCACAGCUCCCGGCUGAAUUUGAAAAUGUGUGGUAAUUUUUUAUUUUUAUUUUUUACAAAGGCGGUAUCCUGCCAAUGAGGAAGGUAGUUUUUGCUUUAUCACAUUAUGAAAACACGCAACUUUGAACUGAGCGUUUGAGCGCCUCUUCUCCCACAAGUGGAGCAAGCAGCUGCAUGAAUGCGGACUUUUUUUUAGCAGCUGAAAGACACGCCAGGACAGAAACACACACACAGGCUGGACGCCCAUCGUUGUUCACGUGCAGACCACGUGUUCGUGAGGACAUCCGCCGGUUUUGUGCGGACCUGGUGCCUCCCUGAUUAAAAAAAAAAAAAAAAACCCUGACUAGACUGCAUACACAAGCCAGAGAGAAGCAUGACCGCCAUCAGCUCACCCAGAGACAAAUACAAUGCCGUGUGGAUCAUUUUUUUCAUCCUGGGCUUGGGAACCCUCCUGCCGUGGAACUUCUUCAUGACGGCCACCAUGUACUUCACCAGCAGGCUGAAGGACCCACCCGCUGAGCCCUCCUCCAAUCAGACCGUCAAUCAGACGGUGGAUGGCAGGGACACACGUAACAUCUUGGAGUCCAAAUUCAACAACGUGAUGACGCUGUGUGCCAUGGUGCCUUUGCUCAUCUUCACCUGCCUCAAUUCUUUCAUCCACCAGAGAAUCCCUCAGAAGUUGCGCAUCACGGGCAGCCUGGCGGUCAUCCUGGUGGUGUUCCUGUUGACGGCCCUGCUGGUGAAGGUGUACGUGGCCCCACUGCCCUUCUUCACACUCACCAUGAUCAAGAUUGUCUUCAUCAACUCGUUCGGGGCGGUCCUCCAGGGUAGCCUCUUCGGCCUGGCCGGGAUUCUGCCCGCCUCCUACACCACUCCCAUCAUGAGCGGGCAGGGCUUAGCCGGCACCUUUGCCGCCUUCUCCAUGAUCUGCGCACUGGCCACUGGAUCGGACCUGCGGGACAGCGCCUUUGGCUACUUCAUCACAGCCUGCUUUGUUAUCCUCAUCGCCAUUAUUUCCUACCUCACUCUGCCCAGGAUGGAGUUCUUCCAGUACUACAUGGAGAGCAGCACAUCCAGACCGUCUGGGGACGAGGAGAACAAGAUGAAUCUUCUCAAAAAACAGAGUCCAGAUGAGAAGCAGCCAGUGGUCAGUCUGAUGGAGGAUGACGGCAAACCUGGCGUGACUGUGCUGAGAAUCUUCAGUAAGAUUUGGGUCAUGGCUCUGUCGGUGUGCUUCAUAUUCACCGUAACCAUUGGGACGUUCCCGGCGGUGACCGUCGAGGUCAAAUCGAAGGUGGCAAACGGAGGAGGAUGGGACACGUAUUUCAUCCCUGUGUCUUGUUUCCUGCUCUUUAACGUGAUGGACUGGGCUGGCAGGAGUCUGACGGCCUUUUGCUUGUGGCCCGGCAAGGACAGUAAGUGGCUUCCCGUCCUGGUGGGUCUGCGGGUGGUCUUUGUGCCGCUCUUCAUGCUUUGUAACGUGCAGCCUCGCCACUACCUCCCCGUGCUGUUUGCUCACGACGCCUGGUACAUGGUCUUCAUGAUCCUCUUCUCCUUCUCCAACGGAUACCUGGCCUCCCUCUGCAUGUGCUUUGGACCCAAGAAAGUAUCUCAGCAUGAGGCGGAGACGGCGGGCGCCAUCAUGGCCUUCUUCCUGUCGCUGGGCUUGGCACUUGGAGCUGCCAUCUCUUUUCUGUUCAGGGCCAUCAUCUAAAAAAUGUCCUCCACCACCAACACGACAUGUCCACGUUAGUAAGCAAGCACGCUUUCAUGGGAGACAAGUGCCAUCAGUGAAGACUAGAGACCACCUCAGCCUUCCAUAAGUUGACUUGUCCUCAUCGUGCCGUUACCCUGGCAUCAGUAUAACCUCAACGCCUCUCUUUCUGACGGGUUAUUUCCCAGAAUGCAACCUAACAUUUUUUUUUAAUGAAUUAUUACAAUUUGAUUAAGAGUUGAUGUGAAGAUUGUAUCUAAGAGCCUCAGAUGGAACAAAAUAUUAUUAUUAUUAUUAUUAUUUUUGGUCUUGACACAUUUAUAACUGAGCCUCUUCUCAGGUUAGUCCUCCAUUUUAACGCCAAAAGACAUUUACAAGGACUAUUAGGGCCAAGAUAAUUAAAAAAAAAAAAACAUUUGCGUUACAAGUAAUAAUUAAAAGAGUAAAGUAUUAUGUGCAUAAAUGUAUACCUGCUUAUGAUUUUUUUGUUGCCAUGAUACUCCAUGUAAGGUACAUUGUUACUGAAUAGUGUGUAAAUGCAUGCGACAUGAAAUGUGCCACUUCUGUUAAAGCCGGCAUUGUUCAUCAAAUGUUUUGUAUGUCUGUAAAAAAAAACAAACUCCAUCUUAUUUUUGUAUCAUUGUCAUAAAAUAGAAUAGGCAGCUUUUACUGUCUUUUUUAUUUGUCAUUUUGUAGUAAAUUUUGUGUGCAGAAUGUUUCAGGUUGUUACAUUUAAGAAAAAGACUGUUGGGAAGCACAAAACCGUGUACAUGCGUCAUGUUAUUCUACAUUACAGUACAGCAUUUUGAGAGAAUAAAAAUGUUUUUAAACAAAAUGACUCC